CUCCAGCAUCCAGCGUCAGGGCAAUACCAGUCCCCCCUCCGCCGCGCCGCCCGAUGCCGAUGGGCCCCGCCGCGGCGGUGGCCUCCGGAGCCCUGCUGCUCUCCGCCGCGGUGGUCCUCGGGGAGGGCGCGCCGCCGCCUUCGCUGCGGGGGCCGCCCGUCGUGCUGACGCAGGCGGCGCCCGCCGACGCGCCGGCGCCGGCAGGGGCGCGGCAGGCGGGCGCCGUGCGCGAGGCGUUCGAGGCCUUCGUCGUGCGCUUCGGGAGGAGCUACGCGGACGACGCGGAGCGCGAGGCCCGCUUCGCCGUCUUCGCGGCGAACUACGCGGCGAUCGAGGCCCACAACGCCGACGCGGAGCGCUCCUACGAGCUCGGCGUGAACAGCUUCGCGGACCUGGCGCCGGAGGACUUCGCCGCAUCGCACGGGCUCGGGCUCUGGGCGCCGCCCGAGGGCAACGAGAGCGGACUGCCGAUGCUGGGGGCGCACGAGUACAGCAACCUCACCGCCCUGCCGGCCGAGGUGGACUGGCGGAAGAAGGGCGCCGUGACCGACGUGAAGAAUCAGGGGCACUGCGGCGCCUGUUGGGCGUUCGCCACCGCGGGGGCGCUGGAGGGCGCUUGGCAGAUUGGCACCGGGCUCCUGGUCGACUUCAGCGAGCAGCAGUUCGUGGACUGUGUCACUCCUCCCCAGGGCAUGAGGGGCUGCGGCGGCGGCAACGUCGAGCUGGCCCUCCAGUACGGCUCGCAGACUGCCGUGUGCAACGCGGCGUCCUACCCGUACACGGCCGCGCGCGGCACGUGCCGCUCUUCCAGCUGCAGUGUGGUGGGCAUACCCAACGGCGGCAUAACGGGGUUCAAGCAGGUGCCCCGGGGGAACGCCGCCUCGCUGCUGAGCGCCGUGGCGCAGCAGCCGGUGGCGAUUGCCGUCCAGGCGGACCAGCUCGUGUUCCAGCUUUACAAGGGCGGCAUUAUCCAGGAGGGGAUGCAGUGUGGACCGACCAGGGUCGACCACGCAGUUCUGGUCGUUGGCUAUGGCAGCGAGAGUGGGCAAAAUUAUUGGAUCGUCAAGAACUCGUGGGGUCCUACUUGGGGCGAGAGUGGAUACGUCAGAAUUGCACGCGACGGCGGUGGUACAUUCGGCGUCUGCCGCAUCUUGACGGAUCCCUCCUACGCCGUCAUUGAUAGUUCCAAGGUGGUGCCUCCCGACAUGACGGCGUCGCUCGUUCUGGGGGUCCUGUUCGUGGCCGUCAUCUUGUGCGUGUGCCUGGGGUGCUUCCUCUACAAGCGCUGCAGCAGGUCGGGCGGGGCGCGCUCCGUGGCCCCGCUCCUCGCGGCGCAGCCCCGCGCCGCGCCGCGGGCGAGGCCGCAGGCGCAGCCGGCGCCGCAGGCCGCGCGGCUCGCCGCGUGGCGCGAGCAGCGCGCCGCCUCGCGCGGGCAGCCCGCCGCUGCAGCGGGCGGAGGCGCCCGGCUCGACGAGAUCAAAAGCGCCGCCGGCGCGGGCAGCGGGGGCAGCCGGCUGGCCCUGCGGGGCGCCUCCUGA